AUGUCUUCGGCAUUCCGAGAAUCGUCGCUGUCCGCCAGCCUCAACCGACAGUCGUUGAUGGCGACUCCGUCUGUCGCGGAGACGCUGCCAAAUGCGAACUUCGGCUUUGAGGAGCUUCGCGACCGCAUGGCUAAAUUUACCUCCAAGUUCGACACAUUCAUCGAACAAGGCCGAAAGCGCGUUUUGGAGGAGAGGAACGAGUUUCGCAUGAACCUUGCGGAACUGCAAGAGGAUCAACGUAUGAAGAAGAAAGAUAUCGAAAUUCUGCAGCUCAAGACCAGCACGCAUCAGCAGACGGUUGCCAAAGAGAAGGCCGAAACCCGCGAGAUGCAAGCAGCCAUCGCACAGCUAUCCGAAGAACGCGACAAGCACCUGGCGACUAGAGACGCCCUCAAGAAGCAAAUAGAGGAGACCCAACGGGAGAUCGACGCCCGUCUGGCGGCGCAGCGGGCGCAUGCGAAGCAACUUGAAGCACAGUCACGAUUCAACGUACCCGAACUUGAGUUCUGGCAGCAGAACCUGGGGUUGCGGAUCGAAGGCGCGGGCAAAGACGACCGGCUUAAGUUCGUCUACACAUAUGUCGACGACCAGGACUGGGAGAGAGAAGCAUGGUUUGAGCUUAACACGUCGAGCCGAGACUACGAUAUCCGGCACUGCCGACCCAAGCUGGAGCGCGAGCGGGUUGAGCGGGUGCUCGACCAGCUUAACGAGACGAGAGAGCUAGCGGUGCUGCUCAAGGGCAUGCGGGAGCUAUUUGUUGAGGCGAUGAAAAAUUAG